AUGGCCGACAACAAAGUCUAUCGCGCCAGCACCACGGCGCCCGUCAACAUUGCCGUUGUCAAGUACUGGGGAAAGCGCGAUCCCAAGCUCAACCUUCCCACCAACAGCUCCCUCUCCGUCACCCUCUCGCAAGCCGACCUUCGAACCCUCACGACCGCCUCUUGCUCCAACUCGUACACCAGCGGCGACAGCCUCACCCUCAAUGGAGAAUCCGCUGAUGUCUCUGGCGCCAGAACUCAGGCUUGCUUCCGUGAGCUGCGGGCUCGUCGCGCCGCUCUUGAGGCUGCCGACUCUUCGCUGCCUAAGCUCUCCACCAUGAACUUGAAGCUUGUGUCCGAGAACAACUUCCCCACCGCUGCUGGUCUUGCUUCUUCUGCCGCUGGCUUUGCUGCGCUGGUCCAGGCCAUUGCCCUCCUCUACGAGCUCCCUGACUCACCCUCGGACCUCUCGCUCGUUGCCCGACAAGGUUCUGGAUCGGCUUGCCGCAGUCUGUUUGGUGGCUACGUCGCGUGGAGGAUGGGAGAGAAGGACGAUGGAAGCGACUCCAAGGCCGAGCUUGUCGCCCCUGCGUCUCACUGGCCCGAGAUGCGAGCUCUUAUCCUCGUCGCCAGCGCCGCCAAGAAGGGUGUCUCGUCGACCUCUGGCAUGCAGCAGACCGUCGCCACCUCUGGUCUCUUCAAGGAGAGGAUAACAAACAUUGUCCCCGCCAACAUGGCCUCUAUGGAAGAGGCCGUCAAGAACAAGGACUUUGCCAAGUUUGCCGAGGUGACGAUGCGCGAGUCCAACUCCUUCCACGCCACCUGCGCCGACACCUACCCUCCCAUCUUUUACAUGAACGACGUCUCCCGAGCCGCCAUCCGCGCCGUCGAGGACAUCAACACCAAGGCCGGCAAGACCGUCGCCGCCUACACCUUCGACGCUGGCCCUAACUGUGUCGUGUACUACCUGGAGGAGAACGCCAACGCAGUUCUCGGCACUUUCUACCAGGCUCUUUCUGGCGUGGAUGGCUUCAAGGAGAAUGCCGCCAGCGCCAAGUCUGCUUUCGAGCUUGACAGUGGUCUUGCUGCUACGCUGAAGGAGGGUGUGAGCAGAGUCAUCUCGACUGGCGUUGGUGAGGGUCCCAUCAAGACGGAUGAGUACCUGGUUGGAGAGGAUGGCGAGGCUGUCCGACGGUAG